AUGCCCUUCCAAACCACCCACCCGUCCGAUCUCUCCCCCUUCUUCCCAUCGCUACAACCCUCCCCGGAUCCCGCCUCCUCCGCAACCCAACCCUCCCCAGACCCCCCUCCCGCGCUCACCAAGCCGUCCCUUCCGUCCGGCUCCAGCGCAGCGCAGCCGGGGGGGGCACCCGACUCGACAAUCACUCUACCAGCCGAUCCUUUGAAAUCAGAUCCAAACCACUCUGGUGGUGACCCUUCCAAGUCCGAUUCAGGCCGUUCAGGGGAUCCCCGGGAGCUAGCAACGCCCAUUCCCACGCGAGGCGGCGGGCUAGGGGGACUGCUGCAGCUCAGCGACCCCUCCUCUCCCCUUCCUCCUCCACCAUCACCGUCACCAUCGCUGUCACCAUCACCGCCCUCCCCCCUUCGCCCGUCUCCCUCCGCUCCCAAGCAGCCCUCUCGUGGUUCUUCCUCAACCCAAACCCAGCCGUCCCCUGCCCUCUAUCCGCCACCAGGACCGCCCGUUUCUAACAGCAGCGGCAGCAAAAACAGCAGCAGUGGCAGCAGCAACAGCAGCACACCGUUUCUGUACCCUCCAUCCCAACCCUCCUCCUUUCCUCCCCCUGCCCCUCUCCCUGUCGACCCACUCACCUCCUCGUCCCCCUCCACCGCCUUCUCCACGCCUCUCUUCAUCGGCCUGCUAGUGGGCGCGUCGCUGCUGCUCUCCGUGCUCCUCCUCAUGCUCUACUGCUUUGUGGGUGACAGACAGGACGGGCCAGGGCCCAGGCGCGCCUGGCUAUGGAGACCCGCGCCCCACACACACGCCUCUGCUGGUCCGGGUAGUGCCAAUGCUGCGUCUGGCUCAGCUGGUUCUGGGGCUGGCCCCUCUGGGAAUGGAGAUAUGGCUGCCCCUUCUGCUGGGGGGAAUGCAGCUGCAGUUAGUUGUUCUGGGGAUGGUGGGGUGGGAAGCGAUGGCAGCGGCGGCUUGUCAAUCCUAGACCCGCUGAUCGGAAGCAUGGCGAUGACGUCGGGAUUUGGGUUGCAGUCGCUGCUCAAGGAAGGGCACAAGCACCUGACGGGGUUAGAGGAGGCGGUUCUAAAGAACAUUGAGGCGUGCAAGCAGCUCUCGCACAUCACGCGCACGUCGCUGGGACCCAAUGGCAUGAACAAGAUGAUCAUCAACCACCUUGACAAGCUGUUCGUGACGAGCGACGCGGCGACCAUAGUCGCGGAGCUGGAGGUGCAGCACCCGGCGGCGAAGCUGGUGGUGCUGGCGGCCAAGGCGCAGCAGGAGGAGGUGGGCGACGGCGCCAACACCGUGGUGUCGCUGGCGGGGGAGCUGCUGGCAGGCGCGGAGGAGCUGAUCCGGUCGGGGCUGCACCCGAGCGAGAUUAUCGCGGGAUACGCCAAGGCGACGGAUAAGGUGCUGGAGGAGCUCGAGACGCUGGUGGCGGAGGGCAGUGACAAGGUGGACGUGCGCAGCAAGGCGGAGGUGGAGAAGCGCCUCGUGGCGGCCGUGGCCAGCAAGCAGUUCGGCAGUGAGCCCGUGCUGUGCCCUCUCAUUGCUGACUGGCUCCUCGUGGCGGCGGUUGCCAGCAAGCAGUUUGGCAGUGAGCCCGUGCUGUGCCCUCUCAUUGCUGAUGCGUGCAUGCAGGUGUGUCCCAGCAACCCAACUACUUCAAUGUUGACAAUGUGUGACUGGCCAAGAUACUGGGAGCAGGGCUACCGGUCUCAGCCUAACCACUUCCCAUCCCUCUCCGUCCCUCUCUACCCCUCUCUAUCCCUCCAUACCCCUCUUCAUCUCGUCCUCCAUUACUCACAACAGGCGUGCAUGCAGGUGUGUCCCAGCAACCCCAACAACUUCAACGUGGACAAUGUGCGAGUGGCCAAGAUACUGGGCGGCGGGCUGCAUGACUCCAAGGUGGUGCGAGGCAUGGUGCUCAAAACGGACGCCACGGGCACCAUCAAGCACACCACCAAGGCCAAGAUCGCGGUGUUUGGAACGGGAAUUGACACCCAAGCCACGGAGACCAAGGGCACCGUGCUCAUUGAGAAUGCCGAGCAGUUGGAGAAUUACGCCAAGUCGGAGGAAGCACGGGUGGAGCAGGCGAUAAGGGAGGUGGCAGAGUCAGGGGCGACGGUGGUGGUGAGCGGGCAGACCGUGGGGGAAAUGGCUCUGCACUUCUGCGAGCGAUACAAGCUCAUGGUGCUCAAAAUCUCUUCCAAGUUUGAGCUUCGGCGGUUCUGCCGCACCACUGGUGCUGUCUCCCUGGUGAAGCUACAGAAGCCAACAGCAGACGAGCUGGGCUUUGCGGACUCUGUUUCUGUGCAGGAGAUAGGCGGCAGCACGGUGGUGGUGGUGGAGAACGAGUCAGGAGGCAACCUGGUGGCGACGGUGGUGCUACGGGGCAGCACGGACAGCAUUCUGGACGAUGUGGAGCGGGCUGUUGAUGAUGGCAUCAACACGUACAAGGCGCUGUGCCGUGACAGCCGGGUGCUACCUGGGGGAGGGGCGACUGAGAUCGAGCUGGCCAGACGCCUCAAGCAGUUUGCACGGAUGCAAGUGGGUUUGGAUCAGUAUGCGAUUGACAAGUACAGCGAGGCCCUGGAAGUCAUUCCGAGCACGCUGGCUGAGAAUGCUGGCAUGGACGUCACUGAGAUUCUCUCCCUGUUCCCAAACCCCCCCCCCCCUCCUCGUUCAAUCUCCCCUUCUUUCAGUCUGGACCAUUUGGACCAGUAUGCGAUUGACAAGUACAGCGAGGCUCUAGAUGUCAUUCCGUGCACGCUGGCUGAGAAUGCAGGCAUGGAUGUCACUGAGAUCCUCUCCCUUUCCCGUGACUGCUGCCCUGCCCGCUUCCCCCUUCCCUUGUUCAGUCUGGACCAGUACGCAAUCGACAAGUACAGUGAGGCUCUAGAAGUGAUUCCGCGCACGCUGGCGGAGAAUGCAGGCAUGGACGUCACUGAGAUUCUCUCUGCUCUCUACGCCGCCCACUCCGGUGGGCCGGACGGCACGGGCGGCAAUUUCCGUGUGGGAGUGGAUGUCACGGGUGCGGGCGUGAGGGACCUGACUACUGACAACAUCUGGGACCUGUUUGCCACAAAGUAUUGGGCCAUCCGAUUUGCUGCAGACGCAGUGACUACUGUGCUUCGAGUGGACCAGAUCAUCAUGGCCAAGGUUGCUGGUGGCCCUCGUCGAGGCGAUAGGCCAAUGGAUGAGGGAGAAGAUUAG